AUGACCGUAAACAAAGCAAAAGUCACCGAACAUGAAUCAGGACGCAGUCCGCUCAUUCUCAUGGUGGCCUUCCCUGGGGAAGGUCAUACCAACCCCCUGCUUGUCAUCGCAGCAUACCUCGCCAAGAAGGGUUACGAAGUUGUGUUUGUCACGACUGAGAACUUCCGUAACAAAGUCGAAGAAGCUGGAGCCGAAUGGGUUCAUACCGACAACCCUAUGACCAACACAACCUUUCAAGCACUCCGCGAAGCAGCUUCUUUGCCAAUUGGUCCGGAGAGGUUCGCUGCGCAGAUCAAAGCUGUUUUCUUAGAGACACUUCCUCCACGAACACUGAAGAUGGAAGAGGUUCUUGCCGAGUUGCAAGGACGUGAUCCAGGCCGCCAGAUCAUUGUUGUCGAGGAUGUCUUCAACUGGUCAAUCUUUCCCUUCAGACACGGCCGUCCUCUACCUCAGGGCUUUGUUGCAGCGCCCAAGUCAAUCGGCAUUGGUGUUGCAGCAUUUAUGAUGGAAAGUCAAGACAUGGGACCGGUCUCACUCGGCUUGCCUGCGGAUGCCACCAAAUCAGGUCGUCAGCGGAACGCGGUUCUUCGACAACUGGUUGAAGAAGGCCCAAUGAAAAUUAUGAUCGAUGCAUGGCAGCAGGCCAUGAAAGACACAGGGUGUACGACCAUCCUAGAGACAAACAUGUUCCGUUCAUGCUAUGCGGCGCAUGACUACACAUUGCAGCUUUGCUCUCCCAGCCUUGAAUAUGACCUUUCAGAUUUGCCAUCAUCUGUGGAAUUCGUAGGUGUUUUGCCUCGAAAGUCCGCAGCGCCAAGCUUUCAGUACCCUUCAUGGUGGUUAGAGGUCGAGAGAGCUCAGAAAGACAACAUAUAUCGGCAUGUUGUCUUCGUCUCCCAGGGCACUGUCAAUAUGGAUUACUCCGAACUCGUUCUUCCGACAAUCGAAGCCUUUUCAAAGACUGAAGACACCCUUGUUGUUGCAACCUUAGGAGGUCGUGGUGCUCAACUUCCGCCUAACUUCACCGUUCCCUCCAACGCUAGGGUCGUGGACUACAUGCCUUAUGACACUGUGCUUGAGUACACCGAUGUAUUCAUCUCCAACGGGGGAUAUGGUGCUCUGACACAUGCUGUGAGAAAUGGUGUGCCCAUUGUCCUAGCGGGAGAAAGUGAAGAGAAGAUUGAGGUCACUAUGCGGGCGGUUUACGCGGGCCUAGGAGUCAGUCUUGCAACACAGAGGCCUUCGGCAGAUCAAAUCAGGAUGGGCGUUGAUCGAAUAUUCCAAGACACUAAGUUCAAAAAGGCAGCAAUGAAACUGAAGCAUGAGAAUGACGGUAUGGAUGCAUUGGCAGCAGUGGAAACAAAGGUUCGGGCACUCACAUUGUAA